UGUGUGUGUGUGUGCCUGAAUCUUGAAUAUAAAACGAAUAUACUUCGGUUCCAUAAUGGAUUUCCGCCGACAAGAAAGACAAUGGUUGACACAUCUACUAAUUAUUGUCGGACUGUGCUUCUCUAUCAGCCAGACUGGUGAAGAGAUGCUGACACAGGUUGUUGGAGGAUCCAUCACCUUUUCUAAUUCAACAAAACAAGGUGGCUCUUUAUUAUAUAAUGGUGAUAAUAUAGCUGUGGUGGUUGAAGGAAGAAUGGACUCAUCCUAUAAAGACAGUUUCAAAGACAGAAUUCAGUGGGACCAACAUACUGGACAGUUCACCAUCAGAGACCUAAAAACCAGUGAUUCAGGGAUGUAUAUUGUGGAUGGAAAGGGAGGUGCCAAGACAACAUAUCAACUCACUGUGUAUGAACCUGUUUCUAGGCCCAUGUUGACCACAGCAGGUAAUCAGAUCUGUUCAGUGGAGUGUUCUGUCAAGAAUGACAGAGAUGUGACCCUUUCCUGGUACAAUGGAGAGGAGAUACUCAACCAGACCAGCAGCCCUGACCAUUCCAUCAAGCUCUUUCUCCCUCUGGAGGUGGACAAACAGGACAGAACAUCUUAUAGAUGUGAGGCUGCCAACCCUGUUACCAAGAAGAAUGUGACGUUUCAUGUCCCAGAAUCCUGUCCAGAGACAAAAGUGACAGAUAAUGAUAUUGAGAGGGUCCGUGGGUCUCUUAUUGGAGCUGUAAUGUGUGUUCUGGUUGCUUCGGGAGUGCUUGGGCUUGCAAUCUAUCUUAAGAAAGGAAGAAAUAGAGACGUACAAGAUUCAUCUGAAAGAGAGCAAGCUGUUCUUAUGUACGCAGAAGUAACUCACAGUAAACCAAAACAUAAUCAGGAACUGGGUCCAUGUAAUGAGAACCCUGAAGGGAGAUCAGUUUAUGAUCAAAUCCAGUUACAUCGCAUGGAAAAAUGCGAUAAUGGACAAUAGAGAGAAGAAACAGGAUGUUUACUUACAGGUCGGCAUGCUAACCCACAUUCUGUAGAACUUUAUACCUCAUAAAGUGAAUGUUCAAGACAAAAUUUAAAGAAAGGGCUUAAUCCAGAAAAGUUAGUGGAUGCAAAAUCCCCCCUUAACCAUUGCAGUAUGUCAUUUUUUCCUUUAAUUGUUGACAUAUUAUCUUUAUUGGUAACUGUUGUUUGUGUCAUGAGAACCGCAAUGACAUCCACUGAUAUGGGCCAUUUCAAUAUCUUCCUGAGGCCCAAAUAGAGCUAUAGACAACGAGACACCGAAUCUUGCCAGUACACCACAGGAAGAACAGGAGGUAACACAAGGACAGGAUGAAUAUCUUUUGGGUAUAAAGUGGGGAGCAGGUACAGGAAGGGUGUCGCAGAGUUACAUGACAAUGGGGACAAUAACACCAAUGGACCUCUAACACCUUGGCCUGAUUGUUGCAUUAUUCAAGAGGGGCUUCUAUGUUAGAAAUAUAACUAUGUGGAAGAAAUAUAACAUAUGGAAAGGAUUCUUAUUGAAAGCCUAGAUAAGUACAAUUUCUUCCACAGUUUACACUUCUUUUAUUGCAUCCCCUGUUUGUAUUUCUAUAGGUGUUGAUUGCUUGUCUUGUCAGUUAACACCAGCUAUGUACAUAACAAGCAGCUGUUCCAUGUUUGCUUUUGUUCAAAUUCUAUUGAAACCGUUCUGAAGAGUUGAUCUUAAUUAGUGAGCAUUUUCUCUCUGCAAAUGAUUGUGAAUGAUGUUUUACAGUUAUUACUUUGAGAGUGUAGUUCUGUUCUUUUUUAAUUUUUUAUCAGAACUACAGGAUCAAGUGGUGUGUAUGUAAAAAAUCUACAGUAACAUUUUUAUAUUGCCAUUCCUUGUCUACUGUACAUACAAAGCUAAACACCCCUCUAUUUAUAUUGCAUUUAAAUUAUUUAGUGAAUGCAUACAUAUUCAUUUUGCCCCCCGUGAGAAUGAAACCACACAAACCCACAUCCCUUUAAGAGUACAACUAACACCUUUGUCAAACUUCUGCACACAAUUAGAAAGUGUUGUUCUUGAUCUACAUACAUUAGCAUAGCUUUUGUAAACAUAUCUGGACCUUAAAAAAAUGUCAGUGGUUGAUAUAAUAAUUUGUGGCACUGUAGGGUAUUUGAGUUAUAUUUUACUGUUUUGCAGAAUAAUUAAUGAGAAUGAACAAAAACAUGAAUUCACAUUACACUAUUCUACUAUUACACUAUCAUUAAUUAUUCUAAAAAAAAAAAAACCUUUUGUUAGAGGUUCAAUUAAUUAAAUAAAAUACUUCCACAUGAAUAAUGUAUGACAAAAAUAAUAUUGUUUUACUUCAAAGCUACACAGGAAAUGUGUGUGUUUAUUUAUUUAAAGCCUUUUUGUCAACUUUUGUCCUGUUUGUGAAUUUUUGUAACAUGUUACUGUAAACUGUGAAUUCCUAGAACCAUCCUAUAUAUAUUCAGUAUAUCUAUAAGCAAAGUUUCAAGCACUGUUUCUUUUGAAGAAACAUUUUAUUUUCCUAUUCUUUUGCACCCUCUAGUGGGUUACGUUUCCAUGUGUAGGGCUUUAGUAUAGUUGUUACAUUACAUUGGACAUAUUUAAGACCGUUCCCGUACCUCUACUUUUACAGCUAACUCAAUUAAUUGAAAAUACAUGUUGUUGCAAGACGGUCAUAUAGACUGGGUCUCUGGUCAUUCUUUAGUAAAAGACGUGCUUAAAAUGUUGUACUAGACUGAGAAUACAUACAUAGGUUGUCUGCAUUGAAAAUAAAUGCAAAUAUUUACAGUGGUAUGAAAAGGUUUAGGCACAUCUCCGAGGCUGCAUAAUAAUUUACUCUGUCGUCACAGAAAAUUAUCACAGUGGCAUGCCAUUCAUUUUCUAAUAAAAGCUGAGUACUGGAGUAUUUUCCAGACAAAGAGUUUUAGUGUAGCAAUAUUAAGUUGUAUGAAAUUAAAUCAGAUGUGAAAAAUAGGCUAUGCAAAAAUUUGGGCACCCUUGUCAUUUUGUUGAUUUAAAUACCUGUAACUACUUAGCACUGAUUAAUUGGAACACACAAUUGGUUUGGUGAGCUCAUUAAGCCUUGAACUUCAUAGACAAGUGCAUCCAACAAUGAGAAAAGGUAUUUAAGGUGGCCAAUUGCAAGUUGUUGUUCUCUUUGACUCUCCUCUGAAGCGUGGCAACAUGGGGGCCUCAAAACAACUCUCAAAUGACCUGAAAACAAAGAUUAUUCAACAUUAUGGUUUAGUGAAAGGCUACAAAAAGCUGUCACAGAGAUUUAAGAUGUCAGUGUCCACUGUGAGGAACAUAGUGAGGAAAUGUAAGACCACAGACACAGUUCUUGUCAAGGGCAGAAGUGGCAGGCCAAGAAAAAUAUCGGAGAGGCAAAGGCGAUGGAUGGUGAGAACGGUCAAAAACAGCCCACAGACCACCUCCAAAGACCUACAACAUCAUCUUGCUGCAGAUGGUGUCACUGUGCAUCGUUCAACAAAUCAGCGCACUUUGCACAAGGAGAAGCUGUAUGGGAGAGUGAUGCGGAAGAAGCCUUUUCUGCACACGCGCCACAAACAGAGUCACUUGAGGUAUGCAAACGCACAUUUGGACAAGCCAGCUUCAUUUUGGAAAAAGGGGCUGUGGACUGAUGAAACAAAGAUUGAGUUAUUUGGUCAUAACAAGGGGCGUUAUGCAUGCCGGCAAAAGAACAGUGUUCCAAGAAAAACACUUGCUACCCGUAAAACUUGAUGGAGGUUCCAUCAUGCUGUGGGGCUGUGUAGCCAGUGCCGGUACUGGGAAUCUUGUUAAAGUUGAGGGUUGUAUGGAUUCCACUCAAUAUCAACAGAUUAUUGAGAAUAAUGUUGAAGAAUCAGUCACAAAGUUGAAGUGGGUUGAAUCUUUGAUGAUUUGAAGCGGGCUGUCCAUGCUCGGCAACCAUAAAACCUAACUGAACUGCAGAUGCUUUGUAAGGAGGAAUGGUCCAAAAUGCCUUCAUCCAGAAUCCAGACACUCAUUAGAGGCUAUAGGAAGCAUCUAGAGGCUGUUCUUUUUGCAACAGUAGGCUCUACUAAAUAUUGAUGUGAAUUUUCAGUUGGGAUGCCCAAAUUUAUGCACGUCUAAUUUCAUUUUGAUGCAUAUUGCACAUUUUCUGUUCAUCCAAUAAACCUAAUUUCACUACUGAAAUAUUACUGUGUCCAUCAGUUAUUUGAUAGAU